CUUGCCCGCUGCCCCUUCCCUCAGGGCAUGUCCCGGUCCAACAGCGUCAGCCCCCCGGGCUUCGGCGGCCCCGCGCCCUGGGCAGGCACUGAGCAGCACCGCUCGGCCUGGGGUGAAGCGGAGGCCCGGGCCAAUGGCUACUCCUACCCGCCGCCGCCUGCCAACAGGUCCUCGGGCAAGAAGGCCUCCCGCAUGUCGAGCAGGUGGAGGAGCGAGGAAGACUACGAGCCCCGGAGCCGCGGGGAGAGCGGCUGCAGGAUGAUGAGCUUUAGGUCCAAAUCUGCCUGGCAGGAGCAUGGUGACGACAGCCGACGUCACCGGUCCCGCCACCCGCCCGGCAGCGAUUCCCCCGCUGCCCCCAACAAUGCCAGCCCCUGGCAGCUGGGGGAGCAGGGGGAGGUACGGCCCCGGUCCGUGGAGCUGGGGCUGGAGGAAAAACGCAUCAAGGCCAAGAUUGAGGAGCUGGAGGAGGAGGACGGGGACGAGGGGGACUCCGAGGCGGCCUUCUCCAUGGGCAGCUGUUGCAGUAGCCUGCUGCAGAUCUUCAGGUCCAAGAAGUUCCAGUCGGAGAAACUGGAGCGCCUCUAUCAGCGCUACUUCUUCCGACUCAACCAGAGCAGCCUCACCAUGCUCAUGGCCGUGCUGGUGCUGGUCUGCGUGGUCAUGCUGAUCUUCCAUGCCGCGCACGGCCACUAUGAGGUAUCCUACGUCGUGGUGCUCUCUCUGGCCAUCCUACUGAUGGUGGUGCUGUGCAUGGUGUGCAACCGCAACGACUUCCACCAGGACCAUAUGUGGUUGGCAUGCUACUCUGUCAUCCUGGUGAUCCUGGCAGUGCAAGUGGUAGGGGUUCUGCUGGUGUGGCCCAGGAGCGCCUCAGAGGGCAUCUGGUGGACCGUCUUCUUUAUCUACAGCAUCUACACGCUACUGCCGGUGCGGAUGAGGGCCGCGGUCAUCAGUGGGGUGGUCCUCUCUGCCAUCCACCUGGCUGUCUCCCUCAAGAUCAAUGCGGAGGAUAAGUUUCUCCUGAAGCAGCUGGUCUCCAACGUUCUCAUCUUCUCCUGUACAAACAUUGUAGGCGUGUGUACCCAUUACCCAGCAGAGGUGUCCCAAAGACAGGCUUUCCAGGAGACCAGGGAAUGCAUACAAGCCAGGCUGCAUUCUCAAAGGGAAAACCAGCAGCAGGAGCGUCUCCUGCUCUCUGUACUUCCUCGACAUGUUGCCAUGGAGAUGAAAGCUGACAUUAAUGCCAAACAGGAAGAUAUGAUGUUUCAUAAGAUCUACAUCCAGAAGCAUGACAAUGUCAGCAUCCUCUUUGCAGACAUAGAGGGUUUCACAAGUCUGGCCUCCCAGUGCACAGCUCAGGAGCUGGUCAUGACGCUGAACGAGCUCUUUGCCAGAUUUGAUAAGCUAGCAGCGGAGAACCACUGUUUACGUAUCAAGAUCCUGGGUGAUUGCUAUUACUGUGUGUCUGGGUUGCCAGAAGCAAGAGCUGACCAUGCACACUGCUGUGUUGAAAUGGGAAUGGAUAUGAUAGAGGCCAUCUCAUUAGUCCGGGAGGUGACAGGAGUAAAUGUCAACAUGAGGGUUGGAAUCCACAGCGGGAGAGUUCACUGCGGGGUCUUGGGCCUUAGGAAGUGGCAGUUUGAUGUGUGGUCCAACGACGUUACGUUAGCCAACCACAUGGAAGCAGGGGGCAAAGCUGGGCGCAUCCACAUAACAAAAGCAACCCUGAACUAUCUCAAUGGAGACUAUGAGGUGGAGCUGGGCUUUGGAGGGGAACGCAACGCUUAUCUGAAAGAGCACAGUAUUGAGACCUUCUUGAUUGUACGGUGCAGCCAGAAACGGAAAGACGAGAAAGCCACAAUAGCCAAGAUGAACCGUCAGCGUGCUAAUUCCAUCAGCCAUAACCCGCCACACUGGGGCGUUGACCGGCCCUUUUAUAACCACCUUGGAGCUCACCAGGUCUCCAAGGAGAUGAAGAGAAUGGGUUUUGAGGACCCCAAGGACAAGAAUACACAGGAAAGUAUGAACCCAGAAGAUGAAGUGGAUGAGUUUCUGGGCCGUGCCAUUGAUGCCAGAAGUAUUGAUCGGUUACGCUCUGAGCACGUGCGCAAGUUCCUCUUAACGUUCAGGGAGCCUGACUUGGAGAAAAAGUACUCCAAGCAGGUGGAUGACAGGUUUGGAGCCUACGUGGCUUGUGCCUCCCUAGUCUUCCUCUUCAUCUGCUUUGUUCAAAUCAUAAUCGUGCCACACUCUACAUUUAUGCUGGGUUUUUACCUGACCUGUUUCCUGAUCCUGACCACAGUGGUGUUUGUUUCGGUCAUUUACUCCUGUGUAAAGCUUUUCCCGGCUCCACUCCAGACUCUUUCUAGGAAGAUUGUACAGUCCAGGACCAAUAGUACCUUAGUUGGAGUUUUUGCCAUUAUCCUGGUUUUUCUAUCUGCCUUUGUCAACAUGUUCAUGUGCAGCACUGUGGAUCUUGCCAGCUGCAUGGCUGCAGAAUACAACAUCACUCCCGACCGGGUGGACAUAUGCCUUAUCAGCAACCUGACUUCCAACUACAGCCUGGGCACCUUGCAGGGAUUCUGUGACAGUCCUUUGCCCAACUGCAACUUUCCAGAGUACUUUACCUACAGUGUCUUAUUGAGUCUCCUGGCCUGCUCUGUGUUCCUUCAGAUCAGCUGUAUUGGAAAACUGAUCCUUAUGUUAAUCAUUGAAUUUAUAUACGUGCUCAUUGUGGAAGUGCCAGGGGUCAACCUUUUUGACAAUGCAGAUCUCCUGGUUACAGCUAACACCUACGUCUCUGCAAACGCAACGUUAUCAUGCUCUCCAGCGAUGACAAGAGUUGCGCUGAAGAUUGUGACCCCUGUCAUCAUUACCGUCUUUGUCCUGGCACUGUACUUGCAUGCCCAGCAAGUGGAAUCCACUGCAAGGCUUGAUUUCCUCUGGAAACUCCAGGCCACUGAAGAGAAAGAAGAAAUGGAGGAGCUGCAAGCUUAUAACAGACGCCUCCUCCACAACAUUUUGCCGAAGGACGUGGCAGCCCAUUUCUUGGCGCAGGAGCGGCGAAAUGAUGAACUGUACUACCAGUCCUGUGAGUGCGUGGCUGUCAUGUUCGCCUCCAUAAGCAACUUCUCAGAGUUUUAUGUGGAGCUAGAAGCCAACAAUGAAGGGGUGGAAUGUCUGCGACUGCUCAACGAGAUCAUUGCUGAUUUUGAUGAAAUAAUAAGUGAAGAUCAGUUUCGGCAGCUGGAGAAGAUCAAGACCAUCGGCAGUACAUAUAUGGCUGCGUCAGGCCUCAACGAUUCCACUUACGACAAGGAAGGGAAGACGCAUAUUAAAGCUCUGGCUGAUUUUGCCAUGAGGUUAAUGGACCAAAUGAAAUACAUUAAUGAGCAUUCAUUCAACAACUUCCAGAUGAAGAUAGGCCUCAAUAUUGGUCCUGUCGUGGCUGGGGUGAUAGGAGCACGCAAACCCCAGUAUGACAUAUGGGGCAACACGGUGAAUGUAGCCAGCCGCAUGGACAGUACAGGUGUGCCUGACAGGAUUCAGGUAACCACAGACAUGUACCAGGUUUUAGCAGCCAACAGCUAUCAGCUGGAAUAUCGAGGGGUCAUUAAGGUCAAAGGCAAAGGAGAAAUGACCACCUACUUUCUAAAUGAAGGGCCGCCGAUUAGUUAGCACUGAUUGCAGCAUCGCUCGGAGAUGGCAUUUGCAUUACACAAGAUUGUGAAUCAGAGAAGAAUCGCUUUUUUGGCAGUGAAGCCGACAACGCAGCGCAGCCGAAAUUUCACACCGUGACUCUAGAGCUGGUAUCAGCAAACUCUUUGGCCACCCACCAUGAAAGGCACUCGAAAGAAACCACCUUGGAGUUGUUCCUGGCUGAGCGCUAAAUCGACCAAAGAUGUGUACUACGCAGUUCACAGAUAAGACGUGAAUUUGGAAAUUUUAAAAAAGGCUGCUACCACAGGAUGAUAUAAGAAGCUAUUUAAGUAUUUAUUGACGCAACACAACAUUUACUUGGUUGAAGGAAUGUAUGAUUCACUACAAAGCAUUAUUUUGGAAUGGAUUUGCACUCCCGUAACGUUUCCAUCCCAUACCGCCAGCUAUUUGAAGUGUACCACUGUGCUUUUAUUAGCUGUUUUGAAUGGGCUUUCAAAAUUGACACCCACUGUUGCAGCACACAAAAAGGCCUUUUAGAAGGGCAUGGGUAGUGUUUUAGUGUGAAAAGACAUUAUAGCCCUGGCCCCCUCUUUUCCCUUCUUCUACAUGGCUAAAUGACUGCUCCUCGGAGCGGGGCUGGCACGUCUGAUGAAGGGGAAGAGCACGACAACGCAAGAUGGCUCUACAACCAUAUUUAUUAAAAAGUCUUCUGUGCUCUUCUUUGGUAUAUAUCAGUUUACAUGGGAAAGACUAGAUGUAAACAAGAGACACUUCGUGGGGGGAACGCCCCUGAAAGUUGUUGUGGUUUUUUUUGUAUUUUUUAUUUUGUAAUAUUGAAAACAUGGAGAUCUAACAGAUAUACCAAAUUCUAUAUUUUGUAAAUUAUAUAUAAAUUAGAAGGCAGGCUGUCCACACCGAGGUGUGGUGGGAGGUGUAUAUAACCUGUAGACUUUUGUGUAAUUUUUUUUUGUGCAUAAUACUCCGAACACAGACUUGGCAGUUUUCAGAUUAUCACUAUACAAUCAACCAACAGCAAACAGGUGAGUUUCCAGGCUGAAUCAGAUGCAUUUUAAACUGGAAAAAUCCAGAAAAACCUACAACCCCAAAGAAGAGGAAAAAAACCAAAAGGCGGUAGUCACAGAGUUGUUCCAUGCAGCAUUCAAGCGAAGGGUGGCAUCUUAACAAAUGGAAACAGGACCUUUCAGUUUUAGCUACUAAGACGGUAUCAGUCAAACGUCAAAAAGAGCUCUAAGCAAAUCUUGUAGCUAACUCUAAUAGGAGCUCAAACCACAAAACUUUUCCUUUAAAAAAAAUCAUUUUUCAUAAAUGGUCUUACUAGGAUCCUGCUGAUAUGAGAGCUGUCUGAUAUUGUAACUGCCAUUUGACAUUACAAGGAACUACGUACUGCAGCAUCGAGUUGACUUUCCUGUAGUAAGCACUUAUUUAAACUGAGUCACAGAUUUUCAGUUUUCAGGAAUUGGGUGAUCUUCAAGAAAGGCUAUGAUGGCAAAUGUGUACAUUAGGUGGUUGACCUUAAAAUACAGUGCCAUUAAUAUUGUGUUGGACAUCUUUCUGACUAGUGGGGGCUUAUGAAUAGUUCACUGUUAUCAUUUAUGUACCUUUUUUAACUACUAAAGAAAAAUCCCUUGAUAUUUUAUUAAAAAAAAAGAAAAGAAUUUUAAAAAAAAGCUAUAUUUUUUAUAUUCUAUGAGGUGAGAGUUUUGAUAUUGAAUUUGGCUAGCACUAAAAAUGACUCCAAUCUUUUGACAUUUAAUAAAGUUCUUUUCCACUCUUCUCAGGGCAGAAUUAUUGUAGUACUAACAGCUUAAUGAUUGCACUAUGGUGGUGGUGAUUUAUUUUUUCCUACUUGACAAGGAGAAUAAUCCAUGGGCCUGUCUUAAUUAAUUUGCCAUAUUGCUAAGCAUAACCCGAGCAUUAAGCCAUUUAAACCCAAGUUUAAAUGGCAUCGCCCCUUUCCUUCCCUCCUCCACUAGGAAACAUCUCUGAAAAGUAUAGUAUAUUGACUUCUGUAAAACUGCCAAGUCUGCCCUUGUACUAUACUUUUGCUCCUUUACAUCUUUCCUGGUUUGCAAAAUACUUCAGUUGCAUCACGCCAUUAUGCCUUUCUCCCCCCACCUCCACCUUCCAUCCCUUUUACCCCUCACUGAGUUUCAUUACCUUCAUGCCAUACACUCCAUUUGUUUUAGGUUUGCUUUCUGCUUUACGAAAGUCUGCGGUCUUCUUAACUUUCGAUUCAUCUUAUGAAGUUGUGUUGUCAAUGAAAUUUCAAGUCCCCGGUAUCUCUAGCUGUGAUUGUUGACAGUGUGUCAUGAUCAUUUCAAGGGGUAUUCACACACUCUUUACUCUGGAUCUUGCAAAAAUGGAUACAGUUAUGAUUUCCCAUGGAAAUUGAAAUCUAUUUAAGUAAUUUAACUAUAUUAAACACUGUUUCACUGGUAAAGUGUCUCUGUUUUAUUUUAGCUGCAUCUGGGUAGUGAUCAGGCCAGAAGUUGUGUAGGAGAUACUGAUUUUGCACCCAGGAACGUCCGGUUUUUGCCUAGGGCUAGCUGCCUGGCGGCUGGGAGCACACCGGGGCUAGCACUGCCCAGUCACCGAGCCUCGGGGGCUUCUUUGCACAGUAAACAUCCCCCGCAUCCCUCUUGUGCACCCACUUGCCUUGAAACCUUAGUCUGGGGAUAGCUGACAGAGCCGCGUUGUGGCACGGUGGUUAAAUAUAUUGGUAUAACCGAGUAGCUUAAAAAUGAUUAAAUUUUUUUUCUGGCUUAUUUGAAAAAAAAUAGUGUGUAUUUUAAAGAGUACAGCACCUUUGCCAAAGAAUUCUCCAGGUAUCUUGGUAUUUGUCCUCUCAAGGACACCUGGAAGGAGGCAGCAGCGCUUGCCAAUGCAACAUUUUCAGUCUGUCCAGGUGACAGUAAAUGCUACACAACUACACCAAUUAACAGAAGCCUGAAGUACAACUGAGAAACAGCUCCCUCUUUCAACUGACUUUUUUAGUUGAGGAGACGUUACACAGGCAACUAAAGACCGAAAGACUUAUUUACAAUUACAAAUCUGUUCUUUGUCAGGAGGGCUUUCAUUAAGUGUACUGAUAACAUAGCUGGUUAAGAAAAAGCCGUGAAGUACUUAAGUAUCAGCCUUUAAGGGGGAUGCCGAAGGACUAUUUAAUACUUUAUAUGUUCUACACGCUCAAACAGCAAUUCAGGACAUUUUUCUGAUAUAGGUGGGUUUUGAAACUUACCUGGAGAAGGAUAUUUCCCAGGGGAGGGAAGCCAACAGCCUCCAGUGCUGUGCCCUCUUGGUUAAAUUCCUCUACCCGCUGCCCGACUGAACUAUUUUCCUCCCACACAGAAAGCAUUUUGAUGAAUUUUUAGGUGUUUAGCCACUUUUCCCCAACACAAAGCCGGCCGCAGCAAGUAUCUGCCUCCACUUAAUAAAACGAUACAUUUGGGAUGCAUCAAACCUCUUGCAUGCGUGUCUUGCAUGCGUGUCCUGCGCUGCCACUAUCCCUGGCCUUGCUGUCUGUGCAUUACACAGCAUGCAUGGACAUCAACAUUUGGCCAAAAACUAUGCCCAGAGGCAAAUAUUUUCAUUCUGUUAACCUUCCCGGCUGCUCCUCAGGGCACCAUCUCUUCUAGUUUGAAGUAUGGGGACUGGCAGGGAGAGAGAACUUGGGAUGCAGCCUGAAAAAGGGGCAGUUCAGCUGUUUUAAGCUCAAAACCUCCAUUUCCAUUCUCUUGACCCUCUCUGUCAAUUGAAGGAGCCAGAAGAGCCUGAGCAGGGCCAGGGCCGGGCCUGAGAACACUGAAUUUCAGGUGGGAUGGGGGACAGCAGCAGCAAUGUUCUUCUGCCAUCUGGCAGCCAGGUACCUUACUGUAAAAAGCAGGGUUAUAUUUUUAAUUUCUGUCCCUCAGCACCUCGCUGCCCGCGCCUGUCCUGCUCGGCCCUUUGGUCGCAGUGGUGGUGGCGGCUGUUGGUGCCAGCCCCAUCACCGUGGCUCCUGCUGAAAGCCGGUGCGGAGAAGAUGGGGUAAGCAGGCAACAGGCGCUACGUGGGAAUUAGAGUGGCCGGGUGAGAGCCCAGCAUUGACAAGCUCAGAGGCAAUGCUGGUGCAGCACAGCACAGGCGCCAUUUGAAUUAAAAGCCCCACAGGAGAAGAGCGAGAGAGAGAGAGUGCGCGCCCCCUGUAAGCAGCUGGCCCCGAAGAUCUUUUCUUUAAGCACAGAAUUUCAGAUGCAAAUAACUAUUGCCAUCUACUGGAAACAGACUCGCAUAGCCUCAGCCAGGCGAUGUUACCACUGCUGCCGAGUAACCCCCCAGGAUCAGGCUGAAUGAGACACCAGCACCUGCACAAACCCCCCUCCAUCGCCGGGAGGGGAGCACUUCACAACCUAAAGGC